AUGUCGUCUAAAUCCAUGGAUUUAAUUGUGGUUUUGACGUUGUCUGUUUUUGCUUUGCUAUCUGUUCAAACCAUUAAUGGCGUCACUGUUGAGCUCAUACACCCUAACUCUCCUUCAAACCCUUAUCGCAACCCUACCAACAAUCAGUUCGAUUGGAUCCGGCAGGAAUAUGACAACACUCGAUCACGCGCCGCCUUCAUCCACAGUCGCCUCAGAGACGACAAUCCUUCCAAAUUCAAGACCGAAAUGAUGCCCUACGGGGGAGGAUACUUCAUGAAGUACUCCAUUGGUACACCGCCGUUUGAAACCUACGCCAUCGCCGAUACCGGCAGUGACGUCACCUGGACUCAGUGCCAGCCUUGCACCGGUUGCUUCCCGGAAAUCUCACCCAUAUUUUCUCCGGCGAAUAGCAAUUCGUACCAGACGACGCUGUGCAAUUCGGAUACCUGUUCUAUCUUCGGCUCUAUCUGUUCAGACCAAAAAAUCUGCCAGUACUACCUCACCUUAGGCGACGAGUCCCAUACCGGCGGCGAGGUGGCUACCGAUACACUAACCAUCGGCGACGGCUCCUUCACGAACGUAAUUUUCGGGUGCGGCGACAAUAAUGUCUUCUUCCCCAACGUUACCUCCGGCGUUGUCGGUCUCGGCUACUCCAGCGUGUCGAUCGUCAAGCAGUUGGGUAACAAAAUCCGCGGAAAAUUCGCUUAUUGCCUGUCUCCUCAGCCUGAUUCCAAAAGCUAUAUAUGUUUCGGAACAGACGCCAUAGUUUCCGGUCCCGAUGCAGUUUCAACUCCCAUCGCCGUAAGCCUCGACAAAACUACAUAUUACUGGCUCUCCUUAGAAAGCAUAAGCGCCGGCGACAAAAACUUCCCGGUCAAGCAAUCUUCCACUUCCGACACCAGUGGUCAGACCGGCAACGUUAUCAUUGAUUCAGGAACCACGCUGACAAUCAUCCCGGCCGAUGUGUUCGAUAGUCUGAAAUCGGAACUGAUGAAACAGAUCCCGGCAACUCCCGUAGAUGAUCCUCGAGGCUCAUUCGGGCUAUGCUACUCGACAAGUGAUAAAUUUAAGGUGCCAAAAGUUAUUGCACAUUUCUCUGGUGGCGCCGAUGUAGCGUUGUCACCUCCGGGAUUAUUCCAACAAGUAGAUGAAGGUAUUUUUUGUUUGGCAAUAAUUCCAGAUCAAGAUCUCGGUAUAUUCAUCUUCGGCAUCAUGUCCGAGGUAGAUUACUUUGUUGGAUAUGAUUUGAAAGCCAAGAGAGUCACCUUCAAGCAAUCAAGCCUGCAGAUUGCUCCAAAUUUUAAACUUCGUUCUAUCGGCUAA